AGUUGAGAUUGAUCCUAUGGACAAAAUCCAAUGUUUUGUCCAUAGAAACGGGAGCAGAGCUGCUGUCCGUUUCUCACGGCUGUACAGCGGCCGGUUUGUUUCAAAAUCACAGCUGCCGGCCAAUGAUAGGUCGUUCUGUGCCGUAGAUCCCCCGGGGCGACGGGAAAAAAAAAAAAAAAAAAAAGAAUAGAGAAGGAAGGUAGAUGAGGAGUUCUGGGGAAAAUAGGGGAAGGAAGUUGAUUGCAGUGGCAGUGGACAAGGAUAGAGGAAGCCAAAAUGCUCUGAAAUGGGCUAUUGAUAAUAUCACUAAAAAUAGGGAAAAUCUUAUACUUGUCCAUGUCAAUGCAAAACCACCAACAUCUCAUAUUGCAGGUUCAUCAGAAACUGGAAACGAUGACAUCCUCGCCGGAAAAGAGCCCAUUAAUCCAAUCGCGGAACUGUUUUUUCCUUUCCGAUGCUACUGUAUUCGUAGACAAGUGCAAUGUGAUGUUGUAGCACUUGAGGACACAAAUAUAGCAAAAGCAUUGAUCGAAUUCAUCUCUGAGCGUAAAAUUGAGACUUUGGUACUUGGUGCAACUUCAAGGACAAGCAUUUCCAAGCUAUUCAAGUGUACAGAUGUUCCAGGCCAGGUAUCAAAAUGGGCACCAGAGUUCUGCACUGUGUGUGUCAUAUCAAAAUCAAAGGCCACAUCCAUAAGAGCUUCCUCCCGUCGACCACCUCUUAUGUCAGGCAUGGAUCAGAGGACACCAUUUUCAUCACGUAUGAAUGAUGACACAGAUUCUAUAGGAACGGCUGCAGAUUACAGAUUACCUGAUGAGAUCUCUGCUCCGGAUGUCAGCAUGCCAUUUAUAAGCCCUGACAGGAGAAGCACUGACAGUGCAUUCCUUUCCUUCUAUGAAAAUCUUGGACUGGAGCGGGCUGGACAGCGCUCAGAAGGCUUGAACAUGGAUGAUGAUGUUUUUGAGUCAAUAUGCACUAGAUCCAAGUCAGUUGAUAUGAAGGCUUUGCAUGAAUUGUCCUCAAAUAUGGAGGAUGUUGGAAUAAAAUCAUGUUUGCCAGACUUGGAAGAUGUGGAUGAAAAGAUUGAGAGGCUAAGUCUGGAGCUUAACCGAAUCAUAGAGAUGUACCAUGAAGUCUCCAAAGAAGCCCUUGCAGCACAACAGAAGGCAAGGGAACUCCACAAUUGGAAAUUGGAAGAAGAACAAAGGCUAAAGGAGGCGCAGUUGGCUGCGGAAGUUGCGUUAGCAACUGCAGAAAAGGAGAAAGCAAAAUGUGCAGCUGCAAUUGAGGCAGCUGAAGCUGCUCAGAGAAUUGCCAAGCUAGAGGCACAAAAGAGAAAGGAAGCAGAAACGAAAGCAGGCAAAGAAACUGAGGAGAAGAUGAAGGCGUUGGAGGCUUUAGGCCACUCCAAGAUGGUUCUCAAAUACCAGCUCAUGUUCCAUGUCUUGGCUGUGUUGUUUCUUGUUUAUUUCAAUUUCAUAGAAGUGAAGUUCUUUAAUUCUAUUUAAGGUUAAGACAAAUUAUACAUACUCCUUGAACAUAACAUUAUCUUUUUUUGGUUGUUUCUUGAUUAUCUUCUAUUAUGUACUUGUAAAUAUGGGAGUGAAUAAAGAGGGCAUAAGGUGAUCAUUUGAAUUA